CGUUUCCCUCCCCAAAUUCAAACUCGACAGGAAGGAGACCUUCAAGCACCAGUCUUCCAGCGACGGUGGGGUGUGACAGGCAGCGGCAAUCGCGUCAAAAGGCUCUAUAGGCGGAUAGAACCCCUCCUCGCAGUCACAAGUAGCGAGUACAGCGGAUUGCAUCGUGUUGGUCAACCGAGAGAACAUGCUCGAUACCAACAAUAGCGGAUCACGAGCUCUCGGACACGAUGCCGAGACGUUCCGAGUGGCAGAAGAGCUCAUUAUGCUGAGCAGUCGUGCGGCCCCGGCGUCUCCAAUGGAUGAGAAGCCAAACGAUUCACCCUCCAACAUUUCGGGCUUUUUUGAACAUACUACAGAGGCUGAGAAGCAAGUAGCAAAAGCAAGAGUGAAAAGUGGACGGUCGCAGAGAAUUGACUAUCCAUCGCCUUUGCAAACGAAGUCGAAGAUAAAGGCGUGUUCGUUCCGUGGAGCUGCACAUAAGAGCAGCGAUCGAGACGAUGUUAAGCAAGAGUUUGGACCGGUAGCAUCUACGCAGUCAGCAGACAUUAUUAAUUCGCGGUGUGAUCUCACCCACUCGGAACUUUUAAAGGAGCAUCGGGUCCGCUUUCGUCGCGUUCGUCGGAGGUAAUGCGUGCAGCAGAAGUGGUAAUAUCACGAGCACGAUAACCUCAUAUCUGUAUCUGCUGUGCCCGUAGGUGGAACAUCGAGCAGCGAACCAAGAAGCAAGAGUACCUUGCCCGCUUUCACGUGCAGGGCAUCCCUCUCGUGCAGCAUCUCGAGGCACUCACACACUGGCGGUAGUCGAGCGGCUGCUGGGCAGGAGUUCCAAACUCAACUCCCAAGCGCUUCACGCCAAGGACUGUGGCGAAUCAUACUUCAAUAUGAGCUGGUCGCGGCGUGCGCAAUCAAGUAAUCUACAACAGCUAAACCAUCGAAUUGGCAAGUUUUGUUUUUGGUUUGACGCCCAAUCUCCUCGCACGUUGUUUCUCUGCUUAGUGUCAUGCCAUUUUGGUGGGAAGGCAAUAAAACUGUCCGUCAUUCCUGUGUGCAUCUCCUUGACAACGGCAAUGCAUAUUCUAGUUUAGUACUUACUAUAAUUCUUGAGGUUGCACUAGGUGAAACC